AUGGAUCACGAAGGAUUUCACUAUAAAAUAAAUAAAACUCGUGGAGGUAAACGUUACUAUAUCUGUGCUACACCUAAUGUGUACUGCAAAGGCACAGCUAUACAAAUGGAAAAUGGCACUAUUAUAGCUAAAAAAGCUCACACUCAUGAAGCUCAUGGUCCAAUGUUUAAUGAGCAAGAAGUUAUUAAACGUUUUAGGAGCACUUUGGUUGAAAGAUCAAAGACAGAGACUACGCCUCUAAAAGUUAUAUAUGAUGAAGAAAUAGUUAGGAAUCCGGAUGCGGCUUUAGUGUAUAGUUGGCCUACAGCGGAGUCUUCCAUGCGGCAGUCGCGAAGAAGUGUUUGUCCAGCAGUACCAUCCACAUUACGCGAGUUAGGGGAAUACUUGGAUAUGAAUACUGAUAGGUAUCAAUGCAACAACUAUAAUUUUUACCAGGAAUGGAUAGUGGACAAUGAUGGAAAGUAUAGCGUGAUGUUUGCGUGCCAAGAAAUCAUUAGUGCUGUAGUGCAUCAGGGGGCCACGGAACUACACGCUGAUGCAACGUUCAAAGUAGUGCCGUCAAUGCCUCAUUGUAGACAACUGUUUAUGUUGCAUUUGAUUCUGCAAAAUCACUCUGUUCCUGUAUGCUUUGUAUUGAUGGAAGUAAAGACUGAGGCUGCAUAUAGGAAAGUUUUGGAAAGAUUUUCUCGUAAAUUUCCCGAAGUCAGACCAUUGACAAUCAUGAUUGACUUCGAAACUGCACUCCGCAACGUCUUCUCUGAUGUAUACCCUGAAGCGACAGUAUCUUCGUGUUGGUUUCAUUUUGUACAGAGUUUGCAGAAAAAUAUAAAGAAGAUGGGCUACUCAAACCACGUACAACAGCACAGAGAAGCUAAAAUGUGCUUGAGAAUGUGUGCAGUAUUAGCACUAUUGCCUGCUCAUCAGAUCGAGCAGGGUUUUCAAGACAUAAAAAUGCAUGCCCAAAAUAAUGGUGUUUUGUUACCGAGAUUUUUUACAUAUUUUACUAGUUUUUGGCUAACUCGCAAAGGCCCAGAGUGUUUUUCGGUUUACAACCAACCACGCCGAACGAACAAUAACGUGGAAAGUUUCCAUUCGAAUCUUAAACAGACUUUUCAAGUGUCACACCCAAAUUUGUGGAGAAUGUUGGAUUCUGAAGAUGACACACCAGAUGAUCAAAUUCCCCUUCCUGCAAUACAAAACGUUGAAGCUGCCAGAUUGGAUAAUCCAGUUAUUAAUAAUGGAGAAGAUUCUGAAGAUGAGGUCCAAGAUGGGCAAAUUAAUGCACCUCCCCAGGAAGUACCAAAUGUAGAUGGAAAUCCAGGUCUUAUAAAUAUAGAUGAACAAAAUGAUACUUCUUAUAAUGAGGCUGAUUUCUUCGUACCUGAAGACUUAGCUCUAGAUUUUUGGCAAGUAAAUUAUGCAAGUGACGAAGAAGAUGAAGUUCCGUAUGCCCCCGUCCCUCAAAAUAUAGAAGAAUAUUUACCCCAGGGAAAUGUAGAGGACAUCUGUGUGAUCUGCCAUGAAAGUCGUAGAACACAUGCCCUGAUACCAUCUGGCCAUAAGGUGUUGUGUGUCGAUUGUGUGUCGAGGUUGGACUCCGAUCGGUGUCCAAUAUGCAAUACCAAUUUCAAUAUUGCUAUAAGAAUAUGGGAAUAG